CUUUUGAAUAUAGAAAGAGAAAACAAAAGGAAACUUGAAAGAAAGUGGAUGAGUUAGAGCUGCCCAUUUGUGCUAAAAAUAAAGACAAGGCAUAUGAACCUCGUGCGUUAAAUCACAGACGGGUACACUUUAUUUGUUAUAUUGUUAAUCUCACAUGAAAGAUCCUUUUUAUCAUUACUCUUCCUCUCGCGCCUCUUCAUCUUAAAAAAAAGAAUUAUCAUCGCCUCCUCCAUAUCUCUCCUCCCUCUCUUUCUUGAUCUCUCUGCUCCAGCGAGAAAUCAGACCCAAACAUGUCUAACGUUACCACGGAGCUCGACUUCUUCGGUCUUGAGAAGAAGCAGACCAACAACGCUCCAAAGCCUAAGUUCAAGAAAUUUCUUGACCGCCGUCGUAGUUUCCGAGAAAUUCAAGGUGCGAUUUCGAAAAUGGACCCAGAGAUUAUCAAGUCGCUGUUAGCUUCUGGUGCUAACCCUUCCGAUACAUCCACUAAGUCUCCUUCAGUUCCAUCUACUCCAAAGGAAGAUCAUCCUCAUAUCCCGAUUUCUCCGGUCCACGCGCAGCUCACUAGGCCCGGUGUAGAACCUGUCUCUGGAACUGUUCCGAUGACCAUAUUCUACAAUGGGACCGUCUCCGUUUUCCAAGUGUCUCCUAACAAAGCUGAGGAUAUUAUGAAGUUGGCCGUGGAAACAUCACCAAAGAAAGACAAGUCUAUGGAGAAAGAUCUCUCGGUAAUUCCUCAGACCACCUUAAGAACAAAGCUCUUUGGCCAGAAUCUAGAUGGAGAUCUUCCCAUUGCAAGGAGGAAGUCACUGCAAAGGUUUCUUGAGAAGCGCAAGGAGAGAGUAGUAUCAACUUCUCCUUACUUUCCGACAUCUGCCUAAACAGAGCCAUUAUCUCUUUUUUUGAUUGGGACACGAAACCAAAUGGUCUUGUCACCCAUCCAAGACAUCGAUGCUCGUUUUGCGUUUGGCUUCUCCUCAAUCUUUUGGAAUCCCCUAUCUUUUGCAGAUUAGUAUGCUAUAUAGUAGUAAAUGUUUGCUAUUUUCUUAAAUGUUUAUGAUUUCUAAUGUACAUUGACGCUAUGCGCUAUGGUAUAAGUAUAUUUCUUAUAUA